AAUGGGCCAGUUCCUGGUGCGUCACGGGGGAGUUCCUUAAAGGAGAAGUGAGCGGAGCUACCCGGCGGACGCGGGGUGCGGCGGUCGGCGGGGGAGAUCCCCGCGCUUUAAAAUAAUGCCCGCGGCGCCCGCGCUACCAUGCAAUGGCGAGCGCUCGUCCUGGGGCUGGUUCUCCUCCGGCUGGGCCUCCACGCGGUGCUGUGGCUCGUCUUCGGGCUGGGGCCCAGCAUGGGCUUCUACCAGCGUUUUCCGCUCAGCUUCGGCUUCCAGCGCCUGAGGGUCCCCGACGGUCCCGCGUCUCCCGCCUCGGGGCCCGAGGGCCGGCCCGGGGGGCCGUCGGGGCUGUCGUGGCUGCAGGUGCCGGGCUCCGAGGCGGCGGCGGCGGGUCGGCGCCAGGCUCCGCGGCGGCCGGGGCCGGGCGUGUGCGGCCCGGCCCACUGGGGCUAUGUGCUGGGCGGCCGGGGCCGCGGCCCGGACGAGUACGAGAAACGCUACAGCGGCGCCUUCCCGCAGCAGCUGCGCGCCCAGAUGCGCGACCUGGCACGGGGCAUGUUCGUCUUCGGCUACGACAACUACAUGGCGCACGCUUUUCCCCAGGAUGAGCUCAACCCCAUUCACUGCCGCGGCCGAGGGCCGGACCUCGGGAACCCUUCCAAUCUGAACAUCAACGAUGUCCUAGGGAAUUACUCCUUGACGCUUGUUGAUGCACUGGAUACACUUGCAAUAAUGGGAAAUUCAUCCGAGUUCCAGAAAGCAGUCAAGUUAGUGAUCAACACAGUUUCAUUUGACAAAGAUUCCACCGUCCAAGUCUUUGAGGCCACAAUAAGAGUCCUGGGAAGCCUCCUUUCUGCCCACAGAAUAAUAACUGACUCCAAGCAGCCCUUUGGUGACAUGACAAUUAAGGAUUACGAUAAUGAAUUGUUGCACAUGGCUCAUGACCUGGCUGUGCGGCUCCUCCCUGCCUUUGAAAACACCAAGACAGGGAUCCCCUAUCCUCGGGUGAAUCUGAAGACUGGUGUUCCCCUUGACAGCAAUAAUGAGACAUGCACGGCAGGAGCUGGCUCCCUCCUGGUGGAAUUUGGGAUUCUCAGCCGACUGCUGGGGGAUUCUACGUUUGAGUGGGUGGCCAGGCGAGCGGUGAAAGCCCUUUGGAACCUCCGGAGCAAUGACACGGGAUUAUUAGGCAAUGUUGUGAACAUUCAGACUGGCCAUUGGGUUGGAAAGCAGAGCGGCCUGGGUGCUGGACUGGACUCCUUCUAUGAAUACCUCUUGAAAUCUUACAUUCUCUUCGGAGAAAAAGAAGACCUAGAAAUGUUUAAUGCUGCAUAUCACAGUAUUCAGAACUACUUAAGAAGAGGUCGGGAAGCCUGUAAUGAAGGAGAAGGAGACCCCCCCCUCUAUGUCAAUGUGAACAUGUUCAGUGGGCAGCUGAUGAACACGUGGAUUGACUCUCUGCAGGCCUUCUUCCCUGGACUGCAGGUUCUGAGAGGAGAUGUGGAAGAUGCCAUCUGCCUCCAUGCCUUUUACUAUGCCAUAUGGAAACGGUAUGGGGCCCUCCCUGAGAGGUACAACUGGCAGCUACAGGCCCCCGAUGUGUUCUUCUACCCGCUGAGACCAGAGUUAGUUGAAUCUACAUAUCUCCUCUACCAGGCAACCAAGAAUCCCUUCUACCUCCAUGUAGGAAUGGAUAUCCUGCAGAGUCUGGAAAAGUACACAAAAGUCAAGUGUGGGUAUGCUACGCUACAUCACGUCGUAGACAAAUCCAAAGAGGACCGGAUGGAGAGCUUCUUCCUCAGUGAGACCUGUAAAUACUUGUAUCUGCUGUUUGAUGAGGAGAAUCCAGUACACAAAUCUGGAACCAAAUACAUGUUUACAACCGAGGGACACAUUGUAUCUGUGGACAAACAUCUCCGGGAAUCGCCUUGGAAGGAAUUCUUUUCUGAAGAGGAAGGGCAGGACCAAGAGGGAAAGUCUGUGCACAGGCCCAAAUCUCACGAGUUAAAAGUCAUCAAUUCCAGCUCGAACUGCAAUCGUGUCCCUGAAGAGAGGAGAUUCUCUCUGCCCUUAAAGAGCAUCUACAUGCGACAGAUUGACCAGAUGGUUGGCUUGGUGUGAUCUGCUCUCUGCUCGGUGGCCUCAUCUGAAACCAGACCUAAACAGCUGAACCCGGGUCAUGCCGAGAUCCAGUCUAAAGUGGAAGAGGAGGGAAGUCCGGCUGUCCGCCAUGGUGUAGGAAUUUCUGUCCAGCUUCUCACCCACAUCUAGUAGAUUCUUGCAUACUUCCGUGUUCCUCUUCUGUUGAGUAAAAUACCCUGUUUUCCUUAAGGGGAUAGUUUGAAGUGAGAAGGUACCUAGAAGGUGGCUUUGUGUGACACAGUGGAUGGGCAUCUUUGGCUGGAUCUUCGUACGUUAUACUUUGGAAUCCAAGUCUCUUCCCUUCGCUGGCCCUCGUCAUGACCGCAGUAUUGCUACCUCUCUGAUGGAGGAUUGUGAAUGAAAUUUCUGUGCAAAGGGGACUGAGGUUCACUGAACAUCCCUAUUUAUUGCAUUUUUUUUGCCCUCUCUCCCUCGUAUUACAUAAGUGGGCUCUCCCCAAGGUAACCACCUAUAAUUUUGUAUCACAUGGCGAAAAAAUCAUCCAGAUAUUCAUUUGCACCCCAAGUAAUCUUCACAUUGUUACAAAUUAUUUGCUUGCUAAUGACAGUUAUCUGAAUUCUAGGAAGCUGUCUCUCAGAUUGUCAUAUGACAGUUUAAUAGCUUCACAGCUAGAUCUUUCGGGUAAUAUUUGACAUUUAUUUUGAAUUUACCUGAAGAACUCCCAUAGUUCCAGAACCAGGUGCCUUUUAGGAAGAGAGAAAUACCUAAGAUUGUCUGAGCUUCCAACUGUCCCAUAUAUUACUAGCCAAGGAUUCUCAGUUCUAACCAAGUUAGGGUUGGAAUUUUGUUUUUGUUUUUGUUUUUGUGUCUAGUGCCAAUCAGCUGAGUCAGGGAGAAAGAAAUGAUCAGAUGACUUUUUGGCAUCCUUGAUCCAUUUCUCUGUGAUACAGGCUUUAGAUUAGUGCCUUAUACGAUUUUGGUUUGGGCCACUGGAUGUCACAAGCUGCUGCUGUGAUUUUUAGCAGGCAUGUUUUAUAUUGCCACAUGGGAGGCCACAGUGCAAGGAGAAUGGGAUAGGUGUUACUUAGAUUCUGCAAAUUUCCUGGCCAGUCCUUGCCUUUCAACCUGAUACUUCAAGCAAGCAUAUAUAAGGGAGUUGUACUAAAAUGCCUUCUUUCUUCUCUGUUAUUUCUGUCGCCAGAAUGGAAGUAUCUGUCUUGGAACUGACACUGAAUGCUCGUACAAAGCAGAGGUGGAUUUGACCUCCUUGCCUGGCUUGCAUAUGACAUCUGAGGUUGAAAUGAAUCUCAAUAGAAAGGGUAGGAAAGUCUCAUAGAAACCUCCAGCCUCAUCUGUCAUGUUGCCUGCUUGUCCCUGCUUGCAAACUUGAAAUGCUUUCGUUUUAGCCUUUUUAAAACCAGGAGUAAGCACUGUCUAAGCCAUUACAUUGUCAAUCAAAAAAGAGACAUUUUAUUCCUUCCUGAAAAUUUAAGUGUUACUGUUUUUUAAAAAUAGAUCUAUAACUCAACGUCUUUGAGAUUUUUAAAAAAAGAUUUUCCAUAAUGUGUCACCUCUAUCUUUUAAACAUUUGCUAUGCAAAUUGCUUUAAAGUAAAAAAUCAAAUGUUUUUUCUAUUUACCAUUUUUCCAUAAAAUGGUCCUCUGUUUUACCAUUUUUUUCUUCAUUUCAGAAGCAUUCUGUUUAUGAACAAUGUCUCAGCUACUGAGUGGAAAAAUUUUCUUUGCGAAUACUAUAUAUUUUAAGUGUUUUCAUUGACUCAGUAACACCAAAACAUCCCACUUGAAAUACACGCACACACAUGCACACACAGGUGUGAAUGUCCCUGUAUCAUCUUCCAGGCAGAUGGAGAUGGGACUAUAAAUGGCCGGUUUGGGAGAAUAGGAAGAAAGCAGGUCCUUUGUGCAUCUGUUCUUUCUCUCCUGUCACCCUCCCGGGUUCCCUCUCCAGCUUCUGUGACAACAUUGACGUGUAGCACUCUAGUAAUCCCCCUCGUCUGGGCCCAUAACCUGCCAUCAACUCAGGCAUCCUUCCUCUGAGCUCUAGCAUGGGGAUCUGUGCCUGAGUGCUGCAGAGGCACCCCAGGGGCUAUGGGCUGACACGGACAUGUGUUGUAUGCAGUCUCAACCCCUCCUGACUUCUGGGCACUGGGCUUGUGCCAUUUGACGAGUCUGCAAUUGAGCGAAUUGCUGCAGACUAGAACUGAUCGUUGAUCUUCCAGACUAGCCAGUCUAACGUUGAGUGCCUCCUCGUCAGUGAUCUGUGAGACUAGAUGGCAGUAUGCUGCUCAGUGCCAGCCAUCAAAAGAAGAUUCUUUGAACCAAGUUCAAACUUGGCUUGUUUUCUUGGUGGAAAUCCGAAUGUCAGCAACUGUGAAAUACCCUGCAGGACUUCUGCUGUCCUUCUAUUCGGCGUUGUGAGAUACCGGGUAGGGGAGGGCUGUGGAAGGGAGCGUCAGAAGUGCUUUGUCCCCAGGACACCCUGUUUCUGAAUGGGUGUCAUCCCUUGGAACAGCUGUGAGCCUGCACCAUCCGUCCUCACAUCCGUGUGUGUAGCUAGUGUCUAGAGUUUGCUUUGGUCGACCUGAGGAAAAUGAUUUUGCAAAACCAUUGUAGAAAGCUGCCUUACAGUUAGGCUUGGUGGAGUCUAAAUCUCCCACCACUGAGUUCUAAAUCCUUACAGGGCAGGCUUUGCUAUUUUAUUUCAGAUGUUUCCUGAAGAGGAGAUGACAAAGGAAGUAUUUGCUAGCUCUCUGAUUGUGCUGACCUCUGUGAAAAACCAGCUUCCCUUGUCAUAUCUUCCUUCAAGUUCGUUCCAGUUCUCCUGCCAGAACGUGCUAUGUGCAAUAGAAUCUCCAGGUUCUGAGGCUGCCCUGGGUCGUGGGGUGUGCACAUGUCACUUAAAUAACUUUCAGUGUAUUUAUGCACCAGGAUGGUGUCUGCAGAUGAAUGUUAGAGGAGGCUGGAUAUAUGUUCUUGUGCAAUCUGAGGACCUGAACUUGACUCCCCUUCCCCUUCCCCUUCCUCUUCUCUCCCCGACCAAAGAAAAAUGCCCUCAUAGCUGUUUUCUUAGCUCAGUUUACUGAAUGACUGAAAACUGUAAUCCUUCAUUUUGGAUUUUGUAGGCUCAACAUGAGGUGUUCCUUUCUCCUUUCUGGAGAAAGGGUCUUCUUCAACGUUUCUCAUUUA